UGAUUUGAACUGUGAUUGACCACACACUUCAGCACAGUAGGUGGCGUCAUGACGCUCUGACGUCUGUUUGCGGACCGCCAUUUUGUCGCAGUCGGAGAAGAAGUCUUGACACCGUAAACAUUGGCGUCAGGAGGCCCCGAGAAGGGACCGCCUGGUUUCCAAGGAGGAUCAGAGAGUGACAGGGGUUUCAGCAGGAUCAGGCAGCCAGGGAAGACCAGUCUGUAACAGAGGUAGUGUCUUGAGGGUGGAUGAGGUGGCAGCAGAACACAGGGUGAUGGUGUAGCACUGGGUGACUGGCUGCCAGGGUGAGGACAGGUGCGGUGCUAGCUGAGUGGAGGGGCGUGGUGUGGGAUGUGGCGCUGGACGACCCACCUGGACGGAGGGCCGCGGAGGGUGAACCAUGCUGCCGUCUCCAUGGGACACAAGGUGUACUCCUUCGGAGGUUACUGCUCUGGAGACGACUAUGAGACGCUGAGACAGAUAGAUGUACAUGUCUUCAACACAGUUUCUCUGCGGUGGAUGAAGUUGCCUCCAGUGAGAACAGGUGGUAGAGAACAUGCCAGGGAUGUUCCCUACAUGCGUUACGGUCACACAGCCGUGCUGCUGGACGAUACCAUCUACAUCUGGGGGGGUCGUAACGACACUGAGGGGGCCUGCAAUGUCCUCUAUGCCUUCCACGUCAACAACCACCGGUGGUUCACCCCUAAGAUAUCUGGGACGGUUCCGGGAGCGAGAGACGGCCACUCAGCCUGCAUCCUGGGGAAAGCCAUGUACAUCUUUGGAGGGUAUGAGCAGCUGGCUGACUGCUUCUCUAAUGACAUUCACAAGCUGGACACUACCACCAUGGCCUGGUCACUAGUCAACGCAAGGGGUACUCCAGCUCGUUGGAGGGACUUCCACUCUGCCACCAUCAUUGGCACCAAGAUGUUUGUGUUUGGAGGCAGAGCAGAUCGCUUCGGUCCGUUCCACUCUAGUAAUGAGAUCUACUGCAACAAGAUAAAGGUGUUUGAUACAGAGACCAACAGCUGGCUGAACACUGCUACUGCUCAGCUCCCACCAGAGGGACGACGUAGCCACUCAGCCUUUUCCUACAACGGGGAGCUGUAUAUAUUUGGGGGCUAUAACGCUCGUCUGGACCGACACUUCAAUGACCUCUGGAAGUUCAACCCAGAGGCGUUCUCAUGGAAGAAGGUGGAGCCUCAGGGUAAAGGUCCGUGCCCCAGGAGGAGACAGUGCUGCUGCUUGGUGGGAGAUCGUAUCAUCCUGUUUGGAGGAACCAGCCCAUGUCCAGAACAGGGGAUGGGAGAUGAGUUUAACCUCAUGGAUCAUUCUGACAUCUACAUACUAGACUUCAGUCCUAAUCUGAAGACGUUAUGCAAGCUUGCUGUUAUUAACUACAGUCUGGACCAGCAGGGACUACCACACGACAUCAGGUGGGAGCUGAACGCCAUGACGACCAACAGUAACAUCAGUAGACCCAUCUUCUCCUCUCACGGCUAAUCUGGACUGGUACCCUCCCCAGUACCAGAACACCAGGGCUGAACUGACCCAGAGAUACCACCAGUAUCUGAACACCAGGGCUGAACUGACCCAGAGCUACCACAGUACCAGAACACCAGGGCUGAACUGACCCAGAGAUACCACAGUAUCUGAACACCAGGGCUGAACUGACCCAGAGAUACCACAGUACCAGAACACCAGGGCUGAACUGACCCAGAGAUACCACAGUAUCUGAACACCAGGGCUGAACUGACCCAGAGAUACCACAGUAUCUGAACACCAGGGCUGAACUGACCCAGAGAUACCACAGUACCAGAACACCAGGGCUGAACUGACCCAGACAUACCACAGUAUCUGAACUCUACUGUCUGGACUGAUUCCACCAGAACCCUACUGUCUGGACUGAUUCCACCAGAACCCUACUGUCUCUUGAUGUUGGCUAAGUGAAAUCAUUGACCUCCCAGUUCACCAGAUCUUCUCUAUUUUAGCCCCUGGACACUGACAGGAGGGGUUCUAUUGGUGCUGAAUGCUGUUUUAGUAUCUGGGUUUGUGUUGCUCUAAUACUCACAACUCAAUGAGAAUCACUUUGAUUGUUAACUAGUGUUACAAUGAGCAGAACAUAUUCUCCCUGAUUGUUUUACCAGUAUUAUAAUGAGCAGAACAUAUUCUCCCUGAUUGUUUUACCAGUAUUAUAAUGAGCAGAACAUAUUCUCCCUGAUUGUUUUACCAGUAUUAUAAUGAGCAGAACAUAUUCUCCCUGAUUGUUUUACCAGUAUUAAAAUGAGCAGAACAUAUUCUCCCUGAUUGUUUUACCAGUAUUAAAAUGAGCAGAACAUAUUCUCCCUGAUUGUUUUACCAGUAUUAUAAUGAGCAGAACAUAUUCUCCCUGAUUGUUUUACCAGUAUUAUAAUGAGCAGAACAUA